AUGGCAGAGGUCCUUGGUGUAGUCUCCAGCAUCAUCGCAAUCGUCGGGGUGGCGGGCAAGCUGGGCACGAGCACCUUCAAACUCAAGCGUCUCUGGGGUGAGGUGCAAGAUGUGCCCACAAGCAUCCAACAAUGCAUCGAGCAGCUAGAGAUACUAGCUCCGGUUAUCCAGGAAAUGGAAUCUGAAUUCGAAAGAACGCGCGAAAUGGUCCGAAACGACACCGCCGCCAAAAGAAGUCUGGAGUAUUCACAGAAAGCCAUGGAAACCCUUGAGGCGUUGAUCAAAGACAUGGAAGGACGAAUCGAGUCAGCGCGCCGGGGCAAGAAGUUGCUCACUCAGCUCAAACAAACCUAUUUGAUCGCAGUGACGAGAGCUCAGCCGUCUAUCAUAAUGGCGGAGUGGAAAAACCUGCAGGAACAAGAACGUGUGGCACAACCUUCACCAGUCGAAUAUCCAGACCAGGACAAAGACCCAGCAUCAGAUGCCACAGCUAUUGCAGAAGGAUCAUCUAAUAACGCAGUACUAGGCUACAGCAACUGGUGGCCUACAGUUAAGAGCAUGCCCCGGCCAAAGCCAGGUCUCCUGGGGAGUUUCACGUAUAGAGUGGAAAAAGAAGCGAGUGGAAAAAGCACUUAUUUGACUCCCAGAAACGUCCGAGUCCACCAAGCUAGGCUGCAGUUACCUCGCUGGAUACUACAAAAGACCUGGGACUUCCAAUUCUAUCGCUCGUACGAUGGGUGGAAGUUCCAACUGAAGAACUGGAACAUUCGUCCAGACGAUAGCCCCGUUUUUGAGUUUGUGGUGGAAGGACGCACCGACUUGAUACUUGAGCUUUUCAAUACAAACGAAGCUUCAUUAUAUGAUGUCACUGAAGACGGCGAAACGUUGAUUGAGCUGUCAAUGAUCUGCCGUCAAUACGAUGUCACGAAAAGUUUAUACGCUCUGGGCCUCAAGGCCAAUCAUAUUAGAGCAGGUGAUCUAUUUACGUUCGCGAUGCUGUGGAAUUACGAUUUAAACGAUGAUGAGGUUAAAAGAAAACUUCUGGAGCUCUGCAGAGAAGGGGAAGAGUUCAGCAGCCUGGUCGAUUGUCCCGACCCAGGCGUUGAACUAUCUGGCACUGACAUUACUGCAUUACUGAACUUCAGAUUUUCCUGCCCGGAGUUCGACAUGUUUCCGCUUCAGCAAAGCACUCAAAUAAUCACUGAUGAACUUCGUUGGGAUUGGAUUGACCCAAACACUGCUCUUGACAUUCUAGCUGGAGGUUUCGCCAGACCAGACUUUCUUCGGAAAACAAACCUUGAAUACUUCGCCUGGGCAUAUUUCCAUGCGCUCUUGAAUGAAGCUCAGCCGGAUCUGUGGCGCCUACUGACCAGAGAACUAUUCGCUGGCGCUGAUCCAGAGGAGGUCGCUCUGCCUUCAUGUUGGUCUUACGGUUGCUGGCCCUUGCUGUGUGGGACACUCGCCAAGAUCAAAUGGAGAAGCUUCCCCGCGGGGGCGUUCAAUAAAUGGCUAUCAAAAGCCCUUUCAAUGUGGAUGGAGGACCUAGCAGAAGCAGGUUUGGACUUGCAAGAAUAUUUUCGAAUCGAACUCUCGGCCUGUCGAGGUAUGGCCAUGCAAUUACGACCAGGGAUCCGGCUACUGGAGUGUGGUCCAUCACUGGUGGUGCUAAAGUAUGGAGAUAAUCCUCAGGACUGGAUAUUUGAAUGGGAUCCCUGCGUAGAGGGAGAAUUUGGCGAGUUUUGGAAUAUGAUCGAAUUUCCACCAAUGCCAGGGGCAUGGGUGGAUGAGGAUUCUGACGGCGAAGAUGAUGACUUGAAUGAAGAUUGUCACAUGGGAGGCUCGGAACGGUGUGUAUUUGCAUCAAUACGAUAUUGGGCCGAGAUGGAGGCAUCUGGCGCCAAACCGGACUCAUUUGAUGUGAAAGGUAUCCCGAAGUGUGGGACUUUUGACACUACAUGGCUGUGGUCGUCAAUAAUUUCACAAUCGAACUAA